ACAUGCAUCAGUGUUCACUACUUUUUCAUUCAUUUAGCAUCUACACCGAGAGAGAUGGGGGCUUGUUUUUCAUGUAACUCAUCCUCCACAUUGAAGAAUAUCCGUGUGGUUCAUCUCAAUGGUUAUGUAGAGGAUUUUGAUCAACCAAUUUCAGUGAGGCAAGUAAUUGGAUACCCCAAAAAACACUUUGUUUGCACUUCCACUCAGCUUCUUUCCCCAUGCUCAACAUCAAUGAAUGGAGACACCAACCUCCAACCUGGUCAAGUGUAUUUCAUGCUACCAUACUCGGUACUACAAGCCGAUGUUUCGCCGGUGGACCUGGCUGGCCUUGCAAAGAGACUCACCACAAUAGCCAAAUCAGGUCCUUUGUCAAGCCAAACCCAAACAUUUUGGAAUUCACCCUCCAGGAGUCCUGGUGGAGUUGGGGUGGCAGAGAAAUAUGGUGUUGGUUUGAUGAAUAUUGGAGGAAGAAGCCCUAGUAAAGUGCAACCUUGGAAACCUAUCUUGGACACCAUAACAGAGAAGCCAUUCCAUAAGAGAAGUGAAUCGGAUUUGCAAGAAAGUUAAUGAUUUUUGCAAGAACUUGGAUUGAGGCAACCAGAUAGGACUAAGACAUGUAAGGCGGUGUAUUGAUUGUUUAAAAAAAUAAAAAAUUGAGACAAUUGUUUCAGUUUGCUGAACCUUUCAUGUUAUGAUCAGGAGAAUUAGACUUGCAUAAUAUGUAUUUGAGAUUUUUUGUAUCUGAUUCUCCAAAGAUGUACUUACGAAUGUCUCUGGGGAUAUAUUUAUAUUAGUAACCAAUUAUUACGCGCUGGAUAUUGUAGAUUUCAAAUCCAAAACUUAUUUAAGAUAUAUGACAAAUAACUUUGUUUU